UUUAGGGGUGGAUUAAAUGUGUGUGUGUGUGUGUGUGUGUGUGUGUGUGUGUGUGUGUGUGUGUGUGUGUAUGGAUGUAUAAAUAAAUUACAAUAUGCAAAGCCAAAUCAGAAAGAUAAAAAUGCUAUUUUUUGGAGAUCGGUGAUAUCUACGAACGCAUUGGUCAAAUUGAAGCAUUUCUGAAAAUUCCUUCAACUACUUUACUCAAUUUAUGAAAAUCAGAAAAAUGACCACUCCCCAAUCUGAAUACUUCGCUUGAACUUUAUUUCAUUGACCUCGACAGGAUCGAUGGAAAAGAUGCCCUCAGCAUGAUUUGAACGAAGAACGCAAAGCCAUGUGAUAUACUGAUGGACAUUAUUCUCCGACGUUCUAACGAUUCUGCUGUUUUUAUCGUAUACAAGUUUCGAAUGUUGAUAUUCUAGUGGAUGGAGUUACUCGAUGACAUCGACCCCAGAAUUUGACCGAGAUGAAAGGCAAACUUGACCACUGCUACGUUUGAACUCACUACGUGAAGAACCGGAAGAAAUAACACAAACAGAACCAAGAAACGAUCCGUGCAAGAGGCCAUCGUCGCUGCUUUGGUAGUAUUUUCCGUUUUUGUUACUAACAUAUUAGUAUUUGGUUUCAUCGCUGUUCUACCAAUUUACCUCGUAGAAUUCAAGAAGGUUUUUCCGGACUUACACAAUCUCGUGCUUUUGAUAGUAUUUUUACCUCCAAGUGUAUUUGGUCUUGUUAGUUUCAUGACUGGAAUAUUUCUCACUAAAUUUGGCGUAAGAACCAUUGGCAUCGUGGGAAGCCUUUGUUUUGCCCUUUCUAUUGGCACGCCAUCGUUCUCUUCGAGUAUCUAUGUUUUAUUGGGAUUUUUCAGCAUUUUAUCAGGAAGUGGUUCUUCAUUUCUCAGUCUAUCAGCAAAUGCUGGAUUAGCAGCUUAUUUCGGUGAAGACAGUCGUAAAUUAAUUGCAUUUGCUGCGGUCGGGAAAGCUCUUGGAUAUACAAUUUUCCCAAUCCUUACCAAUUACUUCAUUGAACUCAUGUUCUGGCGUGGAAGUCUUCUUCUCCUGGCUGCUACUUUCAUACAAACUCUGCCAUGUGCUCUCAUAUAUUCUACGGAUAUGUAUAAAAACACGCGGAGAGAAACUUUGGCAGUAAGUGAAAGUAACGCGCCGAAUGAUUUGUAUAAGUCGGAUUCAAACGUUUCUGUGGAACAAUUUCAAAAUGUUGGUGACGUUCAGGAUGAAACGAUAUCGAACAAACUGGAAAUAUCCGAAGAGAAUAAUACAGCCUUGAAUCAUAACGAAGACAUCAAUACACAUGAAAAAUAUAUUCGUGAGGCUGUUAUUAAGACCUUAAAAUAUGACAAUGAACCAUUUGUUAUAAAUAAUACACAACCUGACAAAGAAGAUUCUUUGGGUAUCGAAGAGACAGCUAUAAAUUCUAUAAAAUCUGAGGACAAGGAGACUGAUGUUCGAAGUGAUAAGGUUCAAACGGAAGGAAAAUCUGAUUCGAAAUUUUCUGCAAAAAUCGUUACAGUUUUAACAAAUUUCAAUUUUCUUUUAUUCCUUUUCGCAAUUUUUAUAACUUACAGUAGUGUCAUAACAACAAUAGCUAUCCUACCUGAUUAUUGCGUACAACAAGGGCUGAGUCAAGCAGAAAGUGCCCGUAUAUUUUCAGUGGGAUCGUUCGGUUAUGUCUUGGCAUGUUUCUUCUCGAGUUGGUUGAUACAUAAAAACAUUGUUCCAAGUAGGAUUAUAUUUAGUACUGCAGCCACCAUGAGCGGAUUACUGAUCUGUGUUUAUCCCUCUUUGUCCACUUCAACAUAUUUGACUUUGCUAACAUUUGCUGUGAUGUUCACAAAUGGACUCAUAUUCUCUACAUAUCUUGUAACUAUUAUGGAUUACUUCGAAAUCGGAUAUUUUUCGAUAAGUAUGGGAUUUGGAGAAACCGUAAUUGGAAUCGGCAUUUUAACUUUUGGAUAUCUGAUAGGAAUCUUCUCAGAAUACAUGAACACUUACGAAUACAGCUACUAUGUGAUCGGGAUCGGACCAAUUCUUUCGGUUCAACCCAUUUUAAUUCCGUUCUUAUUUAGCAAACUACUAACUAGGCAAACACUCACAUAUUCUGUGAUUAAUAUUGGUAAUAAAUGAUAAAGAAUGGCCACAUUCCAAAGAACGAUAUUUCAAAACCAUUUAAAAAGAACUUUGUU